UGACAAUCAAGAACAAGAAAAGCACGGCAUCCUAAUUUUUUUAUUUUUUUUAUUUUUACAACUUGAGAGAACCAAAAGCCCAACAAAAAAAAAAACAAAUCACGCCAAACGUUGCGUGGCUUGUAUUAAUAAUAGACGACGGGACAUUAGAAUCAGAGACUGCUUAUAUAUCACCACCUCGAUUCCACCACCACACACGCAUACGGCACUGCGACUCCGUGCGUUGAACCAACAGCAGAUUCAAUCUCGCAGAUCGAGCAAAUGGGUUUGAAGGAGGAGUUUGAUGAGUAUGCUGAAAAAGCCAAGACUCUUCCAGAGUCAACAACCAAUGAGAACAAGCUCAUCCUCUAUGGGCUGUACAAGCAAGCCACUGUUGGUGCAGUGAACACCAGCCGCCCGGGAAUAUUCAAUAUGAGGGACAGAGCAAAGUGGGAUGCAUGGAAGGCUGUUGAAGGGAAAUCCAAGGAGGAAGCCAUGGGAGACUAUGUUACAAAGGUGAAGCAGUUGCUGGAAGAGGCUGGAGCUUCUACUUGAUGUUUUCCUGUGGUGUUCUUGCCUGAUUCAAAAUAAACUUUGUAGUUUUUCGCACUGGUACCCUGUUAUAUCUAAAUUUGUGUGUGAUUCGUCUAUGAUUUGCUUUAAGUAUAUAUGAUCUUAGUAAAUGGUUCCCUA